GUGCGCCCGCCUGCAGGUUAUUGUCAUCGCUCUGUCAGCUCAUAUUUUCAAUGACUGUGCGUGUGGGAGUGCGUCUGUGCUGGGCAGGUCUAGCCUGAAAGCGCGUCACCUCACCCACCAUCCAUCAGUGCGUGUGCACGGGGGUCCGCAAAAAGCCAAAGCCGCUUCUCCUCUCCGCGCGCGAGUAAAACUUUGAUGGGCUUUAGACACGCGGCCAAACACAACCAGGGAAGAAUUAAACACCUGGAGGACACAGCCUCUCCAUACUGUCGCGCUGAUUUUGGGGGAUAAAGACAGGUGUCGCCAUGGAAAAUACUCCUGUUGAAAUUUUUAAAGAAGACAACAAGUGCCUAUUCCCGCUGCUGGAGGGCUGUCCGGGGAAUUCAUCAGCUUGGAUGUCCGGUUACUCUGACAGCCGCAACGUGACCCACGAUGAGGGCAGCUGGGAGCAGGAGGGCAUGUCGCCCAUCAUCCCCAUCAUCACGGCUGUGUAUUCGGUGGUGUUUGUGGUCGGCUUGAUGGGAAACUGUCUCGUUAUGUAUGUCAUCAUCAGGUACACAAAGAUGAAGACAGCCACCAAUAUUUAUAUCUUUAACCUAGCGCUUGCUGAUGCCCUAGUCACCACCACCAUGCCCUUCCAGAGCACGGACUAUCUUCUAAACACCUGGCCCUUCGGUGAGGUGGUGUGCAAGGUCUUCAUCUCCAUCGACUACUACAACAUGUUCACCAGCAUCUUCACUCUCACCAUGAUGAGUGUGGAUCGUUAUGUGGCCGUGUGUCACCCGGUCAAGGCCCUGGACUUCCGUACCCCCAUCAAGGCUAAGCUGAUCAACGUGUGCAUCUGGAUCCUGUCCUCGGCUGCAGGGAUUCCUGCCUUUGUCCUGGGCGGCACCCAGACGAACAGCGACAUCACUGAAUGUGCCUUACAGUUCCCGGAGCCGUACGCUUACUGGGACACCAUGAUGAAGAUUUGCGUGUUUGUCUUUGCCUUCGUCGUGCCUGUGCUCAUCAUCACCGUGUGCUACUCCCUCAUGGUCCUGAGGCUGAAGAGCGUUCGAAUGCUGUCCGGUUCGCGCGAGAAGGACCGCAACCUGCGGCGCAUCACACGGCUGGUGGUGGUGGUGGUGGCCGUCUUUGUGGUCUGCUGGACGCCCAUUCACAUCUUUAUCUUGGUAAAAGCUCUUGUGAGCGUGCCCGAGACCACUGGGAUUAUGGCGGCCUAUUUCUUUUGCGUGGCGCUGGGCUACACCAACAGCAGCCUCAACCCUGUGCUCUACGCCUUUCUGGAUGAGAACUUCAAACGCUGCUUCAAAGACUUCUGCCUGUCGGCCAGACUCAAAGGUGAGAAAAUGUCGGGGAGCAAGAAGACUCCCAGCACCUUACAGGAGGCCGCUAUUGCCCUGGAGAACCCGGAUGGGACUAGUCGGCCAACAUGACUAGCGGUGGAACUGUCUUCGAUUUCUCAUAUAGGAAAAGAAGACUCCAAUGAUCUGGGUUUAACACACAUCACAUCAGCCAUGUAACAGGAUUUUUAUCAGAAAACAGUGCCAUUAUUGAUAGAAAAAUGCUUUUUCUAUUAUUUCACUGGUUACUUACAAACACAGCGUUGUUGUUGUCGAUUAUUCUGUCAUCCAGGGUGUUGAGUUUUAACCCUGCUUCACUGCGAGCAGCAGAAGUUGGGUUUGAAAAACAGGCAAAUGUAAAAGAAAAUGUUUCUUUUUUCCAAGAAAGGCACUACUCCUUAUUUACAUGCAGUACUGAACUGAAGAAGACCUUUUCUCUCCGAGGACAUCUUGACAGGAAUGAUGGAGAGCCGAUGAUGACUGCACUGCGUUUAAGGGAGCCAUCUUUGCUCUGAAUGGCUCUAACUGUCGUUACUCAGUGAGACGCUUGAUGGAAAAGAGCUUUGGUGAUGUUUUUCAAAGGCAUCUGUGCCUUUUCUGCUGCGUAAAAGCAAAAUGUCAUCUGUGAAACAUCUACAUUGAACAACUGCAGAAGAAAUAUUAUAUUAUUUUAAUCUUAAAAAUGGCUAAAGUCCCUCUUAUCAUCUUUUGAGCUAUUUCAAAAGCGUUCCCAGUCGACUUUUUAUAUAAUUAGACAAUUUUUUUUAGCCAAAAUGUUUUAAAAAACGUGUCGUUAAAAAGGUUGCAAAGCGUUCAUUAAACACGUGUAUCACUCACAUUUGAUCUGCUUCUAUAACAUGAUUCAAAUACGGAUAAUUAUUAAAAUCACCUCAACAAAAUGAAUUUUAAAAAAGUCACAAUUGCUGCAGCUUUCUUGCAGAAUCUCCUUAACUUUAUUUUUAACUUUUGGGCAAUCAUAUAAAAACUUUCUGUAUUGAAGACCCACUCCAAUCAUCUUUUGAUCUAUAUCUAUGAUCUAAAAUCGUCCCAGUGGUCUUUUAGUAAUAAUUACGCUAUUUUUAGGGAAAAUGAAAGAAAAAAAAAAAUGUCCUAUUUUUUUUAUUUCUAGUUCAUUUGAAAUUUGCCACUAAGUUGUGGGCGAGACAGUUGGAGUGGAGCAACCCUGUCCCCUUUCCCCUCCCCGUUGGUGAGAGUUCUUUGUUUGCACACUCUCCUGCUUACAGCCCCUCACAAUCCCAACUUAACAUUGCUGGUGCAACAAAAAUGGCCAGCAACGGUACAGUUUUGAGCCAGAUGCCAGCUCAGACGAGGAAGAGGACGUACCGCAAUGGACUGGAGCACGAAGCUUGUGGCCACCCAGCUUAUUAUCUACACAACGAAUAUGCUAUUUUUCCAACUGCAUUUUUAUUGUCUUCGCCUCAAUCACAACAUUUAAAUAAAGAAAUACUCAGAAUUGCAAAUGUGGGCUUAAUUUCCUUAAUGUCCUCUUUUAUCAGAAAAAUGCCAGAUGUUAAAAACACCAAAAAUACAAUUUUCAUUGGAGUGAGUCUUUAAUUCGUUUUAUCAAAAAGUAUUCUAAAGGGAACUGGCAAAGAAAAAGAAAAAAAAGCAUUUCAUUAAAAAUAGAAUUUAUUAUUAUUUUUACUAUAUCAUUGCCAUGUUUGCCAAAAGUGCCUUCAACAGUCCAGGAUAACAUGACGGUAGCAGCUGAAGUGAAUACCGUUUGCAGUGAAACAGUACCUUGCAUGAAAAGGUAAACGUUAAAGAUGGUGACACGAAACUCUGGCAACAGACAUGUGCCAAACGCUUUUUAACCCCCCCUGAAGUGCGUGAACAGCACUGAUUGACCUCAGUGUGAGUGACUCACAGUGGAGGAGAUGAAGUUAGGCAAGAGUUAGCUGAGAAUAAAAAAAAAAUAACGAUAUAUUCAGCUACGACAAAGCUCCUUUAUGGAAGAGACAGAAAUGGAAUCAAAUCCUGGACUUGAAUGUGCAUUUCAAUUUGACAGAGGGCUCCCUAUCAGUGUCCAGACUGAUACAUUCAUGUGUGAGUUUAUACCACAUGCACUGUUUAUGGCUUCUACCAAGAUAAAUCAUAGUCCUGUUAUGCUGUGAUUGUUGUGCAACCUGAGCUGCUGUUGUGCACCUAGAGUACAUGCUAACACCUGCAAAGUGUGGUUCUGUAAAUUCUUUAUUUUGUAUAGAUUAAAAUAAGCAAAGUAUUCAUGUACAGAGGUCAUUCAAGCAAACUGUAAUUAUGGCAUGCUAACCAUUUUUGUUGUAUUUGUAAAUGUAACAACAUAAUGGACUGCUGUUAGUUUGAAUGUGCCACAAACAGACUGUAGUUUGUAAAAAGAAUUUCAGCUCAUUUAGAAUUAAAAUAGAGGGGGAAACUCUGUAACUGGCUGCAACAUGUAAACAGACACACACAAAAAAUGACAUUAUGUAAAGCAAGAGAUGAUUCCAAGAGUUUACAAACGCAUUGACAGUUUUGAGCUUUUCAAUCUCAAUGCUCACCCUUUUAAUAUGUAUGUAGAUUUUGUCUCCUGUCAUUUGUACAGGAUGUGUAUUGAUCCUGUCUGUGAUGCUCUAAAUGUUAACGCAAGUUUAAUAAAUCUAAACUUAUUCCGCUCUCCCACAGUGACAAGCUCAUCUUAUUGUCAGGUUUCAUUUGUGGCGACUCAGUGUGACGGUGGAAUUAUCCCCGGCUUUGCUGUUCAUCAAAAUCUCAUAGAGUAGACAUUUGCUUUUAAAUCAAAGCCUCCACACACGUUGAUUUUCACACGUUAGGCAUCACAGUUUUAGUUUUUGCACGGGGAUGGAUUCAUGUUUUAUUCUGGUCAAGCUUCUCCCCCUGGCGGACAGACAGUGUAAUAAAUAAUACAACAU